UCGCGGGCUCGCGAGCUCGCCAGCCUGCAGGCGGGUCGCUACCGGGCGUGGAGCCGGGCGCCCGGGGCGAUGGGAAAUCCAGUUAUCAAAGUUGACUCCAGAAGAGAGAACCUAACAGACCUAACAAUGGAAGAAAUUGAGAAGGUUAUCAAAAAGCUACCAUCCCCCAAAACACCAGUCCCAGAUGGUGUUUCAGGUUAAAAAAAUCCUUCCUGAAGAAGAUCUUAAGCAACACGAUGGAUUCAGAAGCUCAUGAAAAGAGGCCACCAAUCCUAACAUCUUCAAAGCAAGAUAUAGCACCUCAUAUUGCAAAUGUUAGUGAAAUGAGGCAUUACUUGUGUGGCUGCUGUGCGGCUUUCAACAAUAUAGCCAUCACAUUUCCCAUUCAGAAGGUCCUCUUUCGCCAACAGCUGUAUGGAAUCAAAACCCGGGAUGCAGUACUUCAGUUGAGGAGGGAUGGAUUUCGAAACUUGUAUCGCGGAAUCCUUCCCCCUUUAAUGCAGAAGACGACUACACUGGCACUUAUGUUUGGUCUCUAUGAGGAUUUAUCUUGCCUUCUCCGUAAGCAUAUCAGUACCCCAGAGUUUGCAACCCGUAGCCUGGCCGCAGUACUUGCAGGAACGACAGAAGCAAUUUUCACUCCACUGGAAAGAGUUCAAACAUUGCUUCAAGACCACAAGCAUCAUGACAAAUUUACAAACACUUAUCAGGCUUUCAAAGCAUUGAAAUGCCAUGGAAUUAGAGAGUAUUAUCGAGGCUUGGUGCCUGUUCUUUUCCGUAACGGAUUCAGCAAUGUCCUUUUUUUUGGCCUUCGAGGUCCCAUCAAGGAGCACCUGCCCACGGCAACAACCCACAGUGCUCAUUUGGUCAAUGAUUUUAUCUGCGGGGGCCUGUUGGGUGCCAUGUUGGGAAUCUUGUUUUUUCCAGUUAAUGUUGUAAAAACUCGCAUGCAAUCUCAGAUUGGUGGGGAAUUUCAGUCUUUCCCUAAGGUUUUCCAAAAAAUCUGGCUAGAACGGGACAGGAAGCUGACAAAUCUUUUCAGAGGUGCCCAUCUGAAUUACCAUCGGUCCCUCAUCUCUUGGGGCAUAAUUAAUGCAACUUACGAGUUCUUGUUAAAGAUUAUAUGAAAGAAAUCAGUUAAGUGCCAUUAAUCAACUGAAUAGACCUAAGAAGAAUGCAGUUUGGCCUUGUUUCUAAUUGGCCAAAUACAAGUUGGUGUUAUAAGUCCAGGGCACAAUGAAUUACGGGCAAAGCUGUUUUUCUUAAGCACCAACAAAUGCAGAAUAAAAGGUUUCAGUAGGAAAAAAAAAAAAAAAA